AUGCUUCUUUCAAAAAUCACAUCGAUCUUUUCUAUUGCUGCAGUUGCUCUUGCAUCUGAUGGGCUGCAAAUUGGAAUCCUCCAUAAAGUACCAGAAGAUGAAUGCACACAUAAGGCGUCUAAUGGUGACACUGUGUCUGUUCAUUACACAGGGUCUCUGAAAUCCGAUGGCACAGUGUUUGACUCGUCGUUAUCCCGCGGGGAGCCAAUUACUUUCCCAUUGGGUACCGGCAGAGUCAUCAAAGGUUGGGACCAAGGUAUCUUGGGUAUGUGCAUUGGUGAGAAGCGUAAGCUCACUAUCCCUCCAGAGUUGGGAUACGGUUCAAGAGGUGCCGGUGGUGUGAUCCCUCCAAAUGCUGACUUGGUAUUCACAGUGGAAUUGGUUGACAUUGCACAUGAAACCAGAGAUGAGUUGUAA